AUCCCCGGAUUUUCAAGUAUUCGCAAAGACCGACGUGACGAUCAACGUGGUGGUGGACUCUGCACCUACAUCAGAAAUACAUUGGACUUCCUAGAAUUAAAAGACUUAUCUCACCCCGACAUUGAAUCACAGUGGUUCUUGAUAAAACCAAAAAGACUUCCAAGAGGAAUUGAUGCAAUUGUAGUAGCCUCUGUAUACCACCCUCCACAAAAUAACGAUUCAACACUAAGGAACCAUCUAUUUGAAUCCCUAGACAACGCCCUCAUCAAUUUUCCAAACGCAGGCAUCGUCUUGUUAGGGGACUUUAACCAGUUUAAACCUGGAUCAUUAACUUCAUCCUUUAAUCUUAAACAAGUUGUGAAAAGAUCCACCCGUGGUAACAAUACUCCUCAAUCCGACUAA